AUGGGAGGUUUAGGUUCACCAUGUGGAGCUUGCAAGUUCUUGCGUAGAAAAUGUGUAGAAGGUUGUGUAUUUGCACCGUACUUUUGCUACGAAGAAGGGUCUUCUAAUUUUGCAGCCAUUCACAAAGUGUUUGGAGCCAGCAACUUCUCCAAGCUCAUUUAUAAUCUCCCUGAUCAGGACCGAUACGAUGCCGUACGAACCAUCUCUUAUGAGGCGCAGUCUCGUCUCCAUGAUCCUAUUUACGGCUGCGUCUCCCAAAUCUUCUUCCUUCAGCAACAGGUUGUUAGUCUACAAGCACAAGUGGUCCUUCUUAGAGAAGAAGCUUCUAAAAAUUUCCCUCAAAGGGAUUGUACUGAACAAGGGAACUUUCUAGCUCAAGAUACACCCCAGGAUCUUCACAGUUGGUUUCACCAAGUAGUCUCGGACUCCAACCUUAACCAGAUAAGUGAUAUUACAUCAAGUUCAAAAAGAGACAGCAAAGUUGUCUUGAUUUUCAUGAACGCCAAACAAGUGAUCAUGAAGAAACAAGUGAUUAUCAGUGUGAUCUUGCUUGCACUCGUCUUGAUUUUCAUGAAGGCCAAACAAGUAGAAGCCACAAGGCUGUUACGAACCACCGUCCAUAGUGAGACGACCCAGCUCGUGUUCCAGUCUUUGCAGAAAGGUCCGGUUCCUGUAUCCGGCAGAAACCGUUGCACCAAUAUCCCCAAAGGCUCUGGCAUAUGCCGCCGCGGAUGA